AUGGCCGAGCUCAAAACAGCCCAAACACCCACCCUCCUCAUAAAAUAUCACGACCACGGCCCCGCCGACGGCUGGCCCGUGAUUCUUUCCCACGGCUUCCCCUACGCGCCCUCGGCCUUUGACGACGUGGUGCCGCUCCUGACCCGCCGCGGCGCCCGCGUCCUGGUUCCGUACCUGCGAGGCUUUGGGCCCACGCGUUUCCGCGACGCCGAGACGCCGCGGUCCGGACAGCAGGCGGCGCUGGGUACGGAUCUGUUGGCGCUCAUGGAUGUCGUCUUGGGCAGCCCGGACGACAAUGACGAAAAGGAGGGGGGCGACGACGACAACCACAACAACAAGAGCAACAAGAAACCCAUCGUUGCCGGCUUCGACUGGGGCGGUGUGGCCUCGUGUGUCGUCGCUGCCCUGUGGCCAGAACGUGUUGCUGGGCUUGUCAGCUAUGCCGGGUACGACAUUGUGGACGUGGCUGGCCAGGCGAGCCCAGCCAAGCCCUUUCUCGAGAGCAUCAUGUGGUAUCAGCACCUCUUCCAAACUGAACGCGGACGCCAAUGCCUGCAAGACCACCGCCGGGACCUGUGUCGUCUUCUCUGGCAACAGUGGUCGCCCGGCUGGCAUCCCAGCGAUGACGUGUUUGCGCGCGCUGCCUCGGCUUUUGACAAUCUCGAUUUUGUCGACGUGGUAAUUCACGCGUAUCGGUUCUGUUUUGGGCUCGAGUCCGGCCUACCCGAGUUGGCAGCCCUUGAAAAGAAAUUAGCAGAAAAGCCAAAGAUCACAGUCCCGUGUAUAACACUAGAUGGGUCUCAAGAUCCCCUCAAGCCUGGUGGUUCGGCCAGUCAUGACGAGAUGUUUACCGGACGGCAUGAGCGAAGGCAAUUCAAUGUGGGACACGCAUUCCCGGCCGAAGCAGCCAAGGAAUUCGCUGAUGCAAUAUAUGAUGUAUAUAUGUGGUCCCACUGA